AUGGACCGAACUCAGCUGAACAAAAAGCGCAAGAUUCUGCGGAACCAGGUGACGACGAUCCAGAACGAUCUUGACCGACGAACGGCGGGUGAAGAACCUCAGGACAUUACCGAAUUGGCAGCACGCAUCGACAGGCUACAAAGCCUCAACGCCUCUCUCAAAGAAGUCGAUAGUCAGAUCGAACCUCUUCUUACUGAAGAUGAGUUUGACCAGGAGUUCACGAAGCAGCUGGAUUAUCAAAACAGAUUGGAAAUGACCCUCUUCAUGGCAAAGGCACACGUCGACGCCCGUAGACGUGCUGUGACCACCUCUGAUAUCCCUGCCAUCGCACAUCCACAGGGAGAUGCCUCCCCUGCGCGGGUACACACCGUUCAAGCACCACAAACGCAAGCCGCUGUUCGCCUUCCCAAACUAGAAAUGCUGAAGUUCGACGGCAAACGAUGUCACUGGCAGCAAUUUUGGAGUCAAUUCAAUGUGACUAUCCACACCAAUGCCUCACUCCCUGAGAGUAGCAAGAUGCAGUACCUAAUGGCUGCACUACAAGGGGAAGCUGCGAACGCCGUGGAAGGUCUACAGUUGACUCCUGGCACUUACGAAUCUGCCGUCGAGAUUCUCCGCAAUCGUUUCGGCAACGAUAAUCUACUAAUUCAAGAACACCUCAAAAGCCUGGCGGAUAUCGAACCCGUACGUUCGAGCCGACAUCUCUACGACUUGCGGAGGCUAUAUGACACAGUCCAGGCUCACAUUCGAGGACUGAACUGCCUUGGCACUACUACAGAGUCUUACUGCUCUAUGCUGUACCCGAUCUUGCUGAGAUCUCUUCCGAUGGAUAUGGCAUUGCAAUUUAACCGUGUACUUACCGAGAAAACGGUAUCAACCGCUUCGACAUCAACCGCUUUGACAUCAGCCUCUACAGGCACAUCGUUUCACAACAACGCGUUGAAGUCAUUACUGACCUUCCUAGGAAACGAAGUAAGGCACCGCGAAGAAAUCACCCAGCGUACCUUUCAAUCUCCUCCCGAACAUGACCCCACAAAGACGCCGCACUUUCGCAAAUUUAAACCGGCGAAUGGUCGUCCAGUGGUCACAUUGCAAAACAUGGUCAAGGCAGGCAAGGGAAAUGAACGCUGCCUCUUUUGCAACAUGACAAGCCAUGCGAUAGCAGAUUGUACAAGCACAAAGUCUCUUGCCGAAAAGAAACACGUAUUAGCAGAGCAACGCCGAUGCUUCAGAUGUUGCAAGCCGAAUCACGCUGCAAGACAUUGUAGAACCCGCCCAAAAUGCCACAAAUGUGCCGGUCACCACGCAACGACGAUGUGCGACCCAGAAUAUAAGCCUCGGCCAUCUGCCCCUGCUCCCGGAACGUCCGCGGCAGUCACUCUGAAGACCACAGUCAAUCGCUCCCCCCAACGCAUUCUACUUCAGACCGCCACAGCCUGGGCACACGCAACUAAGGAGGAAGUCUUCACGCGCCUAAUCUUCGACGGCGGCAGUCAACGCACGUUCAUCACUCGUCACUUGUCGAAAGCACUCGGAUGUCAGAUCGUUCGCACAGAGCACAUCUCCAUUGGGGCAUUCGGAGUUCAACACAAUCGUCCAGAAGUACUGGAAGCCGUUGAGCUCAGUUUAAGGACUAUGCAUGGAAGAGGUGAACAUCAAAAGAUAACAGCCCUGGUGGUGGAACAGAUAUGCUCUCAAGUCUUGGACGUUCCACCUGAUGUCAUCAAAGAGCACAUGCAGCAGUACAAGCUGGCAAUAGCCGACUGUCGCGACGGUGCCCUACGUCAACAAAUAGAGAUUCUGAUUGGUGCGGACCACUACUGGGAAUUUGUUACCGGGCGCACUCUUCCGGUGUAUCAAGGUGUACAAGCCGUCGAAACGACACUUGGCUGGACGCUGCAAGGACCAUGCUCUCUACCAAACGUGGUGCGCACAGCAAGCUGUCACACGGUGACUGUGUUGCACGCAAGCCAACAUCGCGAAGCGGUGAACGACAUGAUGGAGCGAAUUUGGAACUUGGACAGCAUCGGCAUACGUUGCGAUGAGACAGACGCAGCACAGCAUCACUUUGUCCUCGAUAACUUCAAGACGUCCAUUCAGUUGAAGAACGACAGGUAUUCAGUUGCCUUGCCGUGGAAACCAGUUGUGUCAAUGCUAGACAACAAGCACAUUGCGGAGAAACGUCUUUCACAAGUCACGAGGCGUCUAACCAAGUCACAAGGGUUAAUGGCGAGAUACGACGCAGCCAUACGUGAAUAUCUUGUCUCUGGAGUAGCAGAAAAGGUUACCCAGGAAAUGGAUCAGGCCCAAAAUGCAGCACACAUAUACUACAUGCCGCAUCACGCAGUCAUCAGGGAGGAUCGAAUAACUACAAAGAUGAGGAUCGUCUUCGACGCAUCCUCUCAUGAAGCUGGCACCAGCUCGCUCAUGAUAAUCUGA